GGAUGGAAGACCGAGGGCUGGGACGCCUCUGACGUCGGAGCUGGUGGCCCCUGGCAGGAAGAAGCGCGCGGCACCCGGCGCCGCGGGCAGCAUGGUGGUCUGAGCGGGCGCCUCCGCCGUUGCUGGACUGACGGAGGAAGAGAGAUGGCACCGUAGCGGUUCCCAGGAGGAGGGUGCAGGAUGGCAGCCCAGCGGAUCCGGGCCGCCAACUCCAGCGGCCUCCCCCGGUGCAAAUCCGAGGGGACCCUGAUCGACCUGAGCGAAGGGUUUUCCGAAACGAGUUUUAACGAUGUCAAAGUGCCUUCUCCCAGUGCCUUGCUCGGAGACAACCCCACCGCUUUCGGAAAUGCCAAGGAAGUGGUCGCAAUCAAGGACUACUGCCCGAACAGCUUCACCACCCUGCGGUUCUCCAAGGGCGACCACCUCUACGUGCUGGACACGUCCGGCGGCGAGUGGUGGUACGCGCACAACACCACGGAGAUGGGCUACAUCCCCUCCUCCUACGUGCAGCCCCUAAACUACCGCAACUCCACGCUGAGCGACAGCGGCAUGAUCGACCACCUCCCCGACAGCCCGGGCGAAGUGGCCAAGGAGCUGGAUUUGCUCGGAGGGUGGGCAGACGAUACGAGGGGCUCGGGCAAAACCUACAGCAAUAACCCUUUCUGGAACGGAGUCCAAACGAACCCAUUUCUGAAUGGGGCCGUGCCGGCGGUGUCCAGCAUGGUCGAGCCGGCUCCCAGGAGCGCCGUGGACCUGCUGCUCUUCGAGCCGGGCACACCCUCCUUCCCCGAGUCCAGCUCGGCCACCACCAACGGCACCGGCAACGUCUUCGACGAGCUGCCGGCCACGCAGCCGCUCCACGCCGAGGCGCCGGUCCGGCGGGACAACCCCUUCUUCAGGAGCAAACGCUCCUACAGCCUGUCCGAGCUCUCCGUCCUCCAGGCCAAGUCCGACGCGCCCGCCGCCUCGGGGUUCUUCGCGGGCCUGAAGUCCCCGGCCCCCGAGCAGUUCCAGAGCCGGGAGGACUUCCGCGCGGCCUGGCUGAGCCACCGGAAGCUGGCUCGGUCCUGCCACGACUUGGACCUGCUGGGCCAGAGCCCCGGUUGGGGCCAGACCCAAGCGGUGGAGACGAACAUCGUGUGCAAGCUGGACGGCUCCGGGGGCUCCGUGCAGCUGCCCGACACCGGCAUCAGCAUCCACGUCCCCGAGGGCCACGUGGCCCCGGGGGAGACGCAGCAGAUCUCCAUGAGGGCGCUGCUGGACCCCCCCCUGGAGCUCAACAGCGACAGGUGCUGCAGCGUCAGCCCGGUGCUGGAGGUGAAGCUGAGCGCCCUGCAGGUGAGAACCGUCCUCGUCUUGGAGAUGAAGGUUUCUGCCCAGGUGAAGAAUGACAUUCUCAGCAAAAGCACCGUGGGCCUCCAGUGCCUGCGGAGCGACGUGAAGGAAGGUCCCUACGCCCCCAUCCCGCUCACCUACAGCUGUGGGGACACGGUGCAGGUGCACCUGGACAACCUGGAGCCCUGCAUGUACCUGGCCAUUGUCGCCCACGCACCGAACAUUCUCUACCCGUCCACCGUGUGGGACUUCAUCCAUAAAAAGGUCACCGUGGGUCUCUACGGCCCCAAACACAUCCACCCGUCCUUUAAGACGGUGGUGACUGUUUUUGGGCACGACUGUGCCCCGAAGACGCUCCUGGUCAGCGAGGUCACCCGCCAGGCCCCCAGCCCUGCGCCGGUGGCCCUGCAGCUCUGGGGCAAGCACCAGUUUGUCUUGUCCAGGCCCCAGGACCUCCAGGUCUGCAUGUUCUCCAACAUGACCAACUACGAGGUGCAAGGCAGCGAGCAGGCCAAGGUCGUGAGGGGCUUCCAGAUGAAGCUGGGCAAGGUGAGCCGCCUGAUCUUCCCCAUCGCCUGCCACAGCCCCGGCGAGCUCUCGGACUUCACCUUGAGGGUGCAGGUCAAAGACGACCAGGAGGCCGUCCUGACGCAGUUCUGUGUGCAGACCCCCCAGCCGCCCCCCAAAAGUGCCAUCAAGCCGUCCGGGCAGAGGCGGUUUCUCAAGAAGAACGAGGUCGGGAAGAUCAUCUUGUCCCCGUUUGCGGCCACCACCAAGUACCCGACUUUCCAGGACCGCCCCGUGUCCAGCCUCAAGUUCGGGAAGCUGCUCAAGACCGUGGUCCGGCAGAGCAAGAACCACUACCUGCUGGAGUACAAGAAGGGCGACGCCAUCGCCCUGCUCAGCGAGGAGAAGAUCCGGCUGAAGGGGCAGCUGUGGACCAAGGAGUGGUACAUCGGGUACCACCAGGGCAGGGUCGGCCUCGUGCACACCAAGAACGUGCUGGUGGUGGGCAAGGCCCGGCCCAGCCUCCUGUCGGGGCCCGAGCUGAGCACCUCGGUGCUGCUGGAGCAGAUUCUGCGGCCUUGCAAGUUCCUCACCUACGUCUACGCGUCCGUCAGGACCCUGCUCAUGGAGAACAUCAGCAGCUGGCGCUCCUUCGCCGAUGCCCUGGGCUACGGGCACCUGCCGCUGGCCUCCUUCUGCCGGGCGGAGCCGGACAGCGAGCCCGAGCGGGUGGCGUCCGUGCUGGAGAAGCUGAAGGAGGACUGUAACAACGCGGACAGCAGAGACCGGAAGUCCUUCCAGAAGGAGCUCAUGAUGGCCUUGCUGAAGAUGGACUGCCAGGGCCUGGUGGUCAGGCUCGUCCAGGACUUCGUGCUCCUGACCACGGCCGUCGAGGUGGCGCAGCGCUGGAGGGAGCUGGCCGAGAAGCUCGCCAAGGUGUCCAAGCAGCAGAUGGACGCGUACGAGUCUCCCCACCGGGACAGGAACGGGGUCGUGGACAGCGAGGCCAUGUGGAAGCCCGCGUACGACUUCUUACUCACCUGGAGCCACCAGAUCGGGGACAGUUACCGGGACGUCAUCCAGGAGCUGCACACGGGCCUGGACAGGAUGAAGAACCCCAUCACCAAGCGCUGGAAGCACCUCACGGGGACGCUCAUCCUGGUGAACUCCCUGGACAUCCUGCGGGCGGCCGCCUUCAGCCCUGCGGACCAGGAUGACUUCGUGAUCUGAACGCCCCGCCCCCCCCGGC